UUUAAAACACCUCCCAUAACAUUCGCUUCUCUCUCUUUCCAAGAAUAUGGCUUCCCAAGAUCUCAAACAGCGAUUCAAAGACGACGCGAAAGCCCCCGCCGCCGUGGACGGCAAGAGCAAGAUGGGUGGUAAGAUUAGCAACAGGAGAAUGGCCAUGGCCAAACGAGGCCUUAGAUCGCUCACCAUAGCGGUGACGCUUCCUCUCUCCCUUUCUCUGCUCAGCGCCUACUUGGGGUCCGGCAAAAGCCGUGCCAGCGUCGACCCCGUGGCUGACACAAAGCCCUUCUGGUUCCCGCCCAUGUGGGCCCUGCACCUGACGUGUCCGGCAUCGUGCUUCUUGAUGGGCCUCGCCGCCUGGAUGGUGUGGGCCGACGGAGGUUUCCAUAGGCACCCCAACGCUCUCUUGUUUUACUUGGCCCAGCUUUUGUUGACUCUGCUUUGGGAUCCACUCGUGUUCGGAGCGGGGGCGACGCGGAUCGGCUUGAUUCUGUGUUUCGGGAUGUUUGCAGCCAUGGUCGGGUGCUAUCGUCUAUUUGGGCAAGUGAAUCCCAUCUCCGGUGAUUUGAUAAAGCCUUGUCUGGCAUGGACUGCUUUCCUCUCUCUUGUAAAUCUUAAGCUCGUUUUUGUUUGAAGUUAUUACAUACGUCUUCUUGUGAAAACCGAACGGAACAGUGUUACGCACGUGUAGAAAUUAAUGUUGUGUAAAAGGCUCAGCGUACGGUAAAGACGCCACCCGAUGUGAAUAUUUCCCCAGUGUUUUGUAUGUUACGCCCCGGAGGGCAUAAGAUGAGACAGGCAGUGAGACGCGGUUUAUCAUUACAGAUUAAAUUUUUCUCUCGCGUGUUACUCCUUGUCGAGAUUUCAUACUGUUAUCUGCGUCGGUAUCUAGUCUCUACAUGACACGGCAUUGUGAUUGUUAAUGGUAUUUACAAUAUAUUGCUUA